CUAUAUCCCUAUCAAUAGUCCCUUUUCAUAUGAGGAAAAAAUUAUAUAAAGAGGAAAGCAAAGUCCUUCCGAAGAAGUAAUUUUGUCUGUUGUGCGUUUAUAUGCCGUUAGAAGCAACCACAAGAAAACAAAAAGCAGCACUCGCAAGAUUGCAAAUAUUCAAAAUCUGAGUCCCACAAAGAGAGAGAGAGACCAUUUCCGUUGGCGUUGGCUUGGCUCCUAAAAAGCGCGCAGUUGAAUUCAGUAAUAAACAACAAUACACAAUAAACUCGAGACUCCGACGCUGCACCAGGAAAAGAAGGAAGCAAAGCUCAGAACGAUGUCGUUUCGGUGGGAGAACGAGAACCCUAACCCUAACUCUCCCUUGAAGAAACGUUGGUCCCUAAACCAAAUGGUAAUGGCGAUGAAGCUCCAGUCCCUCUCUUGUUCUCCUGGCAUCACCGACAAAAGCAACCCUAUUCUCUCCCCAUUCCCACUUCCUAUCACCGAUCGAACCCUUCUCUUAUCUGACGAGCUUCUCCUCAAAAUCAUUGCAUUAGUCUCCGAUUCCUCCACUCAGCGAAACUCCAACUCUCUGGUCUGCAAGCGCUGGCUCAACCUCCAAGGCCGCCUCGUCCGCUCCCUCAGAAUCUCCGACUGGAACUUCCUCCUCUCCGGCAGACUCAUCCACCGCUUCCCCAAUCUCAACCACGUCGACCUGCUCUCCGCCGCCUUAAUUUCCCCCAAAUAUUCCGACGUUCUCUUAACAAACCGAGUCAUAUCCAUGCAUCUUAGUUCAGACUCUUUCCCUUAUUGGUGCUUCUGCGAGGACAACAUGCUCCCCUUCCAAGUCAUCGACAACGGCCUCACCUCCCUCGCCGCCGGCUGCCCUAAUCUGCGCCGCCUCCAUGUCAUCGGCGCCACCGAGAUCGGCCUCCUCACCGUUGCCGAGGAGUGCUCCACUUUGCAGGUACUCGAACUGCAGCGCUGCAGCGACAACAUUCUCCGCGGGAUCGCCGCGUGUGGGAAUCUGCAGAUUCUGAAGCUCGUUGGGCACGUUGAUGGGUUCUACAAUUCGGUGGUGUCUGAUAUUGGGUUGACUAUUCUUGCUCAGGGGUGCAAGAGGCUCGUAAAGCUGGAGCUUAGUGGCUGUGAAGGGAGCUUUGAUGGGAUUAAGGCUAUUGGGAAGUGUUGCCAAAUGCUGGAGGAGUUGACCUUCUCUGAUCAUAGGAUGGGUGAUGGGUGGCUCGCUGCGAUUUCGUUCUGCGAGAAUUUGAAGACUUUGAGGUUUCAGUCUUGCAAGAGGAUUGAUCCCAAUCCGGGUAUGGAGGAGUAUUUGGGCUGUUGCCCCGCGCUUGACCGAUUGCAUUUGCAGAAAUGUCAGUUGCGGGAUAAGAAGAGCGUUGCCGCUUUGUUUUCUGUGUGUAGGGUUGUUAGGGAGAUUGUUAUUCAGGACUGCUGGGGAUUGGAUAAUAGCAUCUUCAGUUUUGCAAUGAUUUGCAGGCGGGUAAAGUUGUUAUACGUAGAAGGGUGCUCAUUGCUAACAACAGAAGGUUUGGAGUGUGUGAUUCAUUCGUGGAAGGAGCUUCAGAGCCUCAGAGUAGUGACAUGUAAGAAUAUAAAGGACAGUGAGAUCUCUCCUGCGCUUGCAACCUUGUUUACCACUCUCAAGGAGUUGAGAUGGAGCCCAGAUACCAAAUCACUUCUUCCAUCCGGUGUUAUGGGAAAGAAAGGUGAUAAAUUUUUCAAAAGGGCACGAUAACUAAAUCAUAUCUAGGCCAUUAUCUUAGAAUCAGAUUAUUUUCACUGACAUCAGUGGAAAUUGUAUCAAUUUAUUUGUAAUCACUUUAUAACGGUUAACUUAGAUGUUGACAGUGCAAGUUUGUUCUUUUCUUUUGUUAUCUUCCAUUACUCCAAGGAAGAAGCCUAGAGAUGUAAUAAUAAAUAAUAUAAAAGUCUUAAGCAGUUCACUCGUUGUUGAAA